AUGUCUUCCUCACCUAGCUCAGAUCAAGGAGCAGUUCCUCGACCUCGACAACAGCCCGGGUCAGCCUGUGAGGAAUGUCGACGCCGAAAGCUGCGCUGUGACCGUCAACAACCACGGUGCGGCGUGUGUGCAGAAACCGGAGUCGAAUGUCACAUCACGCCCUUGCGGCCACCGCGGGGGCCCAAGCGAGGCCAAUUCAAGGCUCUCCAAAAUCGAGUAGCGGCUCUUGAAAGCCGUCUAACAGAACAGGCCAUCAACUCCAUCCAGUCUGAAGCUUUGGUGGCUAUACAAGAUACUGCAGAAGAUCCACCGUCACACCCUGAGAAGGAUUUUGAUACUCAACCACAACAGACCUUGCAGGAAAGCGAUGGUGGUACAACUGGAACUCGUCUGCCUACAUGGAUGAAGGCUGAAUUGAAUCAGAUUUAUUUCGAUAGAGUACAUCCUGUUGUUCCAAUGCUACAUCAGCGACGCUAUUUUACCUGGACUAGGGUACCAGGCCAGUCCAUGGCACGAACUUGUCUGCAAUAUACAAUGUGGAUUCUGGCAGCAUCAUGCUCGAGACAAUUCCAAAGUAUGCUUGAAGUACUUGAUACAAAAGACAAUGAAGUCGACGGCAUUGAUAUUGAGCAGGUUCAGGCCUGGAUUCUUCUGGUGCUGUAUGAGGUCACGAACAGUCACUCACGCCGCGGCUGGAUCAGUGCAGGGCGCGCCUUUCGACUUGUUCAACUUAUGCGGCUAUUCGAGAUUGACGGAUCAGAUACAAUGCUGGCUCAAUCUCUAACAGAUGACUGGGUUCAGCUCGAGGAAAAGAGGCGAACAUUUUGGAUGGCCUAUUUGCUGGAUCGGUUCAUUAGCGUGCAGAAUGGACUACCGUUGACAUUGAAUGAACAAGUAAUUCUUACAAGAUUGCCUGCGGGCGAUAGCGAGUUUCAAAGUGUACAGCGUGUACAAAUGAGAUUCCUGUCAGAAGAAAUUACUGCAUUAGAUCCCACAGCGCUGUCGCCUUUUUCUGAAUGUAUUAUACUGGCGACUAUCUGCGGACGCGCCUUGCUACAUAAGCAUUGUGCGUCUGUGGAGCGAGUUUAUGGCCACGUCUCCCAGGACUUUUGGGAUCGACAUUGCUGGAUUGACAACAUUCUCACGCAAAGAAUCAAGAUUUUGAAUCUGAAAUAUCCUCCGGCUUCUCAGAAUAUUGACCCAAUGCUAAUCUUCACUGAAUUGGUAGCAAACACUGCGGUUUUGUUCCUGUAUAAAAUCAUCGAUACUAUGCCAUGCCACACGCUUGAAAGUUCUGUCAAGUUUAUGGAAUACAAACAACGAGCCAAAAAAGCCGCCGAUGAGAUUGUUAAUAUUACAAGAGCACUAUCUCUCUUCACCCAAUGCAAGAUACACCCAUUUACCCCGAUCUGCCUUUACAUCUGUGCUGAAUUCUUCACUUUUCACCGAGAAGAAGAUAACAGCUCUUACUUCGACAUUCAACUGAAAGAAAUCACGGAUGCUCUACGCAACUUGCAGUCCGUAAACAACUUAGCCCGGAACUUUCUUCUGGCUCUGGAGUCAGAUGGUAGCACAUGCACAAGCAGAUCACUGGUUAUUGGCAGUGAGAGUUUGGAUCUUUCCCAGAUCACUUCUAACCCUGCAUCCAUCGAAAUUCCGCCAUUUGCCGCUUUAGAAACUAUGGAAUAUUCGACGCCAAUAGAUGAUAGACAAAUAGAUUUCCACUGGAAUAUGGGACAAGCUGGCUACGGUGGGUUUUGA